AUGUCGACACGACCAGGGUCGCCAACGAGCCCACGAGUGGGCAAUGCAGAGCAGGGCGAACCUGAGCUCCUCAUUCAGGCGUACUUUGAGCUUGGGCCGGAUGAGGAUGUGCUCGAGUUUGAGGGCAACAAGUUCCUGGUGUGCGUCAACGGGUCCAAGCACUCGAAGUGGGCCAUGCGGUAUACUAUGGAAAUCAUGCAAGAGAAUGAUCGGCUGUACCUGUUCCAUGCAUACUCGCCCAAGGAGAACCCAAAGUAUAAGGACGAGGCUCUGGCUCUGGUGGAGGAGCUGGUGACCGAGGCCAAGUACGCCAACGAGUGGCUUUCCAUCGCCUCGAUCCUCUUGCCUACCAAGAAGGUCAAGGAGGCCAUCUGUGACAUGGCGCUUGCUCUCGACAUGUCCUUUGUCGUUCUUGGCACCACCCGUCGCGCCCGUAUUGUCUCCAAGUUUGCCGGCAACACCGGGCUUCACGUCGUCCACCACUCGCCGCUCCCGGUCAUUGUCGUCACCGACUCGUACGAUCCGGUCAAGCCGCACAACUGGUGGGUCCUCCACGUCGACUUUACCCGCGCUGCGCACCACGCCUUCCACGUUCUGCGGCCGAUGGUCAAGCACACCACAGAGGUUGAUCUCGUCCACGUGUUCUCGGGCGAGGACCCGGACCCGGUCAACGUCCGCAAGAUGGAGGAGUACACCGCCCGCUUUGCUCGCGAGCAGCGCGGCAAGGACUGCACCUGCGAGACUCGCAUGGUCUCUGGCAACGUCUCCACCGUCCUCACAGAGGUUGCUUCCGAGCCGGGCGUCACCCUCCUGGUUCUUGGCUACACGCCCGAGACGUACAAGGAGUACAUUGCCCACUGCCUGUUCAACGCCACCGCCGAGGCCAUUCUCGUCGUCAAGACGCCACUGCCCAAGUUCGAUUCGCUUGCCUCGAGCUCAGGCGUCAUGCCGCGCCUCAAGGUCACCGCCUCAACCGACAACCUGCAUGACGCCGACGAGGCCGCAGAGGCCAUGCUCGCCGGUCGCCGCACCCGCGUCCGCGCACUCUCGGUCGCCGACCCGCGUCUCGCCGACGACGACGUCGACACCCAUGCCAACGCCGCCUAUGACCCCGACGCUACCGAGAAGGACAAGGCCGACAAGGGCAAAGGCCUCGCCCCGGGCCAGUCGCCGCCGUCGUCGCCACGCUCCGGCUGUUCUACCCACCUCCACGACUCGUCCGCGCCGCAGUCGACCAAGGCCUCGGACUCGGACUCGGACUCGGACUCGGACUCGGACUCGGGUACGGGCACGGGCUCGAGCUCGGACUCGGACUCGGACACGGCCACCGGCACGGAUACAGUCUCAAACUCGGGCUCCAGCUCAAGCUCCGACUAG